AGGGGCCUGAAUCACCCCCACUGGGAUGGAGGGCACCCCGGACAGUGCGCUCCACCUCCUCCUUCCUGAGUUACUGCCCAUCUGCCUCUCUCAGGGCUGGGGGAAGAGUCCAGUCAGACAGGAAGGCCUGGGGCUGAUAUCAUGGUAGGCAGGAAGGAAUGCCACCCGGGUGAGCAGGAGGCCAGGGCCACGUCAUGGCCCCGCCUCCUGCUGUCACAGGUGCCGCCUGCCUCCUUCCCUGCCGCCUGCCUGCCCCAGCCACACAGCUGGCUGCACACCUUGCUGCUCACCUUGCUCUUCACACAGGGAACGCCAUGGAGACUUCAGGGACCUCCUCCCAGUCUCAAGAUAGCAGUCUUGUCCACAGAGAAGCAGAAGAUCCACCCUGGGCUGAGGCUGAGCACGAGGCACCUGGCAUUUCGAAGGAUGCGCUCCAGCUCUACAGAGAUGGCCUGGGAGAGGUGGAACCAUCUGGGGAAGCAGGACUCCGACAGAGAGGUGUGGACUCCACAGAAGGAGAUGCAGAAGACACACAGUUAAGCAGAUUGAAUAUAAAGAAGGAUGACGAGUUCUUCCACUUCGUGCUGCUGUGCUUCGGCAUCGGGGCCCUGCUGGUGAGCUACCACUACUACGCAGAUUGGUUCAUGUCCCUGGGCGUGGGCCUGCUCACCUUCGCCUCGCUGGAGACUGUGGGCAUCUACUUCGGGUUAGGUGAGUCUCGGCCGGCCGCGCGGCCCUUGUUUUACAUUUCCUGUGCCCUUGUUUUCUUCCUGACCACUGGCAAGUUCAGGGUGAGGUCACUGGCAGAACCUCUUGGGAAGAAAUGGGUCGUUCCCUAAACAUUCAGCGGCGACAGUAUAACGUGAACAGCACAGGACCUGGCAGGUGCCCGGAAAGGGCCAGUAGAGCCGCAGCUGAGUCCGCUGGGCCUGGGCCUCUGCUGUUUUCGGAGUCGUAACCUGAGCCCAGCCUGGAGCCCCACCGCGGAGCUGUGUUAUAUGGGCUGGGCCCUUGCCUGGGGUAGCCGCGGGUGGAGGGGACACAGCCUGACUCGGGCCCCUUUGUCCC